AUGUUGGCGGACGCGAGUUUGGAGGAGCUAGAGACUCGGCUUGUAACGUUCACAGAGCAACUGCAGAAUAUUCACGAGCUGCUACAAAGUGAUCCAACAAAUGUUGAGUUUCUUAGCAUUGCUAAGGAUCUCGUAGAGGUCAUACAGUUGACUAAGGAGACGAUUGAUCUUAAGGUCAACGCUGCAACUUCCAAUGAAUCAGUGAGUCUUGAGACGCCUCACGAGCAAUACCAAGAGAAGCUACAAGUUGAACUAAAGUUCAUGCCAGGUUCAAUGGUUGAGGCUAUACAGCAAGAUGUUUGGUAUCCAGCUUAUGUUAACUCAGUGACAAGUGAUAAUGACUACAAUCUAACGUUUUUGGGCUUUGGAACAACUGCAAAAUGGAAAGAAGAUGCUUUGAGAGCCAUUGAAGUUGAUGUCGAGCAGGCUGCGAAGCUGCCGCCUAAAGAAGACAUUGUAGAAGGAAUGAAAUGUCAAGCCAAGUACUAUGUUGACGCUGUGAUAUAUCCUUGUUCGAUCACAAAAGUCACUGAAUUAGGUUUCCAAGUACUAUUUGAUGGCUAUGGCAACUCGGAAGAGGUGCCGUAUGAGUAUUUGAGACCAGCAGCAGCACCGCUAGAAGCGGAGGUAAGCACUGCUGCUGCCGAAAAUAGCAUUACUAACACAGUUGAUGGUGCUCCUGCAAAUGGUGAUACUGCAACAGCGCCAAAAGUGGCUCCUGCGGUGAUUCACAAGCCUAUUAAAAUACCUGAGAAUCUGCAAAUUCUGCCGACCGAUACGGAAGCGGAGAAGGAACGCAAGCGUAAACGCCUGCGAGCUAUCAAAAGCCUGAAUCGACACAAAAAUAUUGACAAUGAGCGCAAUAUCAAACAGCACGAUUGGAAGGCCUUUCAGUACAAAGCAAAGAAAAAAGGCUUGAGGAAAGGCGUGAGUGGUGUUCUGUCAAAGCGUGGCUCAAGUAUGUUUGCAUCGCCCGAUACCGUGCAGGGUCGUGUGGGUGUUGUAGGUAGUGGUCAGGGCAUGACUGACUUCCAGGAUACACGGAUCAAGAAAUUCAAACAAGCUUAG